CUGAUUAUUCGAGUAGUUUUACCACAGUCAGCGACCAGAGCAACCAUAGGGAGAGAUCCGUUACUGGCCCUUUAAAGGGAAUGCCACAACUGUGCGAUCCUUGACAUGAUCUCGACUAGCCUGCGAGAAGGCGCUUCGACCGACAGACCUCUCUUCCUCCAUCCGAGAUCGAAGACUCGUGAAAACUCCAUUCGAAACCUCAAAGCAUUCUCGACAGAAUAUUCGGGAAAAUACCGGGCAAGCCCUCCUCCGACUUUUCAACGUUUCAUCCCGGAUGUUCAUAUCAACGAAUGUCUAGGCUGGACACAGCUAGAUGGCGACCGAGUUUGGUCACUUCUUCAUAAGAUGAGGGCUGGUCCUUGUCCAGGUCUAACCCAGCUCCCGUGGUACUUCGCCAUUGUAUACACGUUUGUUCCAGAAGCAACACUCGACGAAGAUGUGGUUCAGUCACACCUAGAUUUCUUCUAUUUGGCGGGCUUCAUCUGCGUGCCGGUCAAGCUGGACAAUUGGCGGGGUUCGGGCAUUCUCGUGGACUUUUUGGACUUGGUAUCACCGCACUUCCCUGAGUGGCAUCAAUUCGGCUACGGAAGGAUGGUCAAGAAAGAGAGCGAGAUGUAUGAUUUAGAAUACCCAAAUAGAACGGACGCGGCCCCCACAUGAGGGCUCUGUCUCUGAGCAUGUAGGUCGAACCAAUACGAGCACCCAGUUAAGUCUACCCUCCUACUUUUUCCUACGUUUCUUGUUCGGCUCUUCGUCUCAUCCUCCCGUCUCAUUAGCUUCCACCCACGCAAGCCCACGAAAAGGACCCCACGAAUGGC